AUGGACGAAGCUGCAGAUUCCUCCGAACUGCUUCGUCGCGUCGAGGAGCUCCAGCGCGAAAAGGAUGAAAAACAGAAUUCUUUGGAAGUAUUGUUACGACGGGUUGAAGGGCUACAAUAUGAGAUGGAUGAAAAAGUAGAUCUUGUUGAAGUGUUAACUCGUCGAGUUGAAGAUCUCCAGCGAGAGCGUGAUGCGCUCAGAAAAGAUAUUGAGCAAUUAUGUAUGCAACAAGCCGGGCCUGGUUAUGUUUCUGUUGCAACUCGAAUGCUUACUCAGAGGACAACAGCUUUGGAACAGGAUAUUGAGAACCUCCAGAAAAAGUUAGGGGGUUGCUUAAGAGAGAAUCAAAAUUUGCAAGAGGAGCUUGCUGAAGCUUAUCGAAUUAAGAGCCAACUUGCUGAGUUACAUGGUGCUGCACUAUCAAAGAACAAGGAUCUAGAAAAGCAAGUAAGAUUUUUCCAGAGCAGUGUUGCUCAAGCGUUUGCUGAACGGGACAGUUCAUUAAUGGAGUGUGAGAAAGCAAAAGAGCGGGAGGAAGCAGUGUCAAGAAAGUUUGCUGAUUUUGAGGAAAGGAUGAGAGAAUAUCAAUCAGCGAUUGAUGAACAGAAACACUUAAAUGAUGACUUGCAGAGGGAACUGACAGAGCUGAAGGCGCAUACAGAAUUGUCCUUGAAAGUUAUUCUAAAAUUCUAUGACCUUCGCUGCAGAGACUCUGAAUGUUCUUCAAGCGUUACUUUUGAAGAGAAGUGUUCAAUCCUUCUAGAUGAUUCUGCUGACAAUUGGAGUUUUUGCUCUGAUGGCGGAACCUCAACUUUGAAGUACAUUGCAUCUUUAGAAGAGGAGAAAGAGUCACUUAAAGCUAAAAUAUCAAAGCUGCAAAGCAACUUAAGGAUGGGCCUUGAGAUUGAACAGCAUUUGCAAAGAAAUGCACGGAUAUUAGAGAAAAGACAGGCACUGUAUGAUGGAUUUCUGAGAAAUGGAUUUUCAGAACUUCAAAAGUUCUACACAUAUCAAAAGGCUGAAAUUAUGAAAAUAUUGGAAGAAGAAUCGUUGCAGUUGAUCAAAGUUGUUGCAGAGAUUCAGGAUAAGCUAACUAAAAUUUGCAUCAACACUGAAGUUAAUGAACACCCUGCCGAUGAGAUUCAAUGUUGUGACAGCAGUUGUAAAGAUGUGCAUGUUACUACAGAUAUCAGUCCUAGCACAUGUCCUAAGAGUGAUUCUCCUGCUGAUCUUAACUCCGUGUCGUUUGAUGAAUCUAAAGCACUUGCACAAGCCUUACAGGAGAAGAUGGAAGCACUUAUGCUCUUCUCACAGGAACAAGAAAGAUACCUAUUAGAAAAACAGAGAGACCUGAUUGUUAUCGAGGAACUCCAGAAGAACUUAUCUCAAGUUAAAGAUGAAAAGGUGAAGAUCCUGAUGGAAUUAGCAAUACUGAAAGAACAAUAUUUGCUAUUGAAGGGCUCUGCUGUGAAGGAAGGUCAUGAUACUGGUGAUUCAUCUAAAGUCAUUCCUGGGCAUGACCAACAAGGGAUGCUGAAGACUAUGCUGAAGAGGACAUCUUUAAGACACUGGAUGAGAAAAGAAAGUAGUACUAUUGGACAUGGGAGCUCUGAUGGAAAUGAUCAUACAGUUUGCAAAGAGCAUUCAGUGGAUGUUGCAAGGUUAAGAGUUGAAAAUGCUACGCUUCUUGAAGGUGUUGGUACUGUUGAGCGUCUCACUUCUUCAGUGCAUAGACUGCAUAUUGUGCUUUUGAAGGCUUAUGAUGAUAUCAAGUCAGCUGAUUCUUUGGAGAGUACCUUUGAAGCGCUCAACAGUCUUAUAACUGAAGCAAACCUUAUGAAGACAGCUCUUAAUGUGGUUCUUCCAGUAAGCUGGUCUGGGGAUUCAUCAGAUGCAAUUACAUAUGAAGCUCUGUGCGAUCCAUCUGAUUCACCUAAAUCAAAGUCUGGGAAAGUAGACCCACUCUCUUCUGCAGGCAUGGAGAUGGUGGAGCUACUAAUAUUGGCUGCUGAGAUUCUCAAGGAGAGCUUUUUGGUGAAGAAAUAA